AUGUUUCUUGUUGUCCUAGUAUAUGUUGAUGACAUGAUUAUUGCAGGGAAUGACUCAGCUCAGUGUAGUCGUUUGAAACAAUUUCUGGCAACCCAAUUCCAUCUCAAAGAUCUUGGACGUCUCAAGUAUUUUCUUGAUCUUGAAGUAGCUCACAGUCCAAAGGGCAUUUUUCUUAGUCAACGAAAGUAUGCUCUGGAUAUUCUUGCUGAUGCAAGGUUGUUAGAUGCCAAACCAUGCUCAACGCCCAUGCAACAGCAGCACCAUUUGGGAACAUCUACCAGUUCAUCACUUCAUGAUCCUACUCCUUUUCGACGUCUAAUUGGUCGAUUGCUCUAUCUGACAAUCACUCGACCUGACAUCACCUAUGCAGUUAAUUUCUUGAGUCAAUUUAUGCAGACGCCUACUACAGAGCACCAACAACCUGCCUUUCGAAUUCUGCGAUACAUUAAGGGUGCCCCAGACCAAGGGUUAUUUUUUCCUCGAGAGAAUAGUUUCCAGUUACGAGGGUAUUGUGAUGCAGAUUGGAGAGCCUGCCCUAUCACUCGAAGGUCAACAACAGGAUACUUUAUGACACUUGGUGAUGCGCCUAUUUCUUGA